GGAAGAAGGGUGUUUUUGUGGGGGAAUGGACUGGAAAUAUAUGGAGUUGAUGAGGGAGUUCUUUUGGGUAUUUUAAUGGAAGAAAAGAGUGAGAUUAAGAGGAGAAAUGGGUGGAUCCUAUUUUCUGAUGUUGGAUCCUUCUCAUAUUGUUCCUGAGCCCUAAUUGUUGCUUCCUCUGCCUCUUUAAGUUUAUUAACCACAUUACCAAAAAUCUGGAUUUGAAAGUCCCUAGCCUCCAGUUUGGAUCUGUCCAUGACCUCAUAACACCCAUCAUCAUCUGAAUGUCUACCCGUCUCAACCAUGUUGACUUCUUCAGUUUACUGGCUUGGAAGAUUCAUAACUUCCACAAGCAUAGCCAGUCCCUUCUCUGUUGCCGUCCUUCUCACUGUUGGAACCCAAAAUACCCUUGCCGGAGGGACUUUUUCCGGUGGGAUUACUCAUCUGAGUAUGGCAGUGAUGCCCAUCCAAGUGUCCCAGAAGAUUGCAAUGAUUGCAAAAUUGAGGUCUACCCACCAAAGAAGCAAUGGAGAAGAGAGCCUGAAAGUCAAUCAGAUGCAGAGGCAGUUUCUCCAAAGUAAUCCAAACUCGAAAAAUUGGAGAAUCUGUAUAUUGAUUGUACUCUCUAGUCCAUUUAAAAACAUAAAAUGUGCUUCCAUUU